AACACAAAAUAACUUCCUCGUGCCCCCAGGGCGCCCUGUUUUGAUACGCCACCAACCACCAUUCAUUAAUUAGUGUUUUGAAUUAAGCUGACCACUAGAUAUACAAUUAAUUCAAGGACACGGUAAUAGUUUAUCAGGCCACAAAGGCGUUAGCUUAGUCAACCGAAAAGUUCACAUUUCCAUCUCAAAGGAGCUCGCAUUGAAGAAGUUCAAACAGUGUGUUUUGACGUCCAGUGCAUUUCUGCGUGAUAGUCACAGGUAGAAGACGCUGGAUUUUCACAAACUUUGAUAAAUGUGGAUAUCUGAGUAUCUAUGCAUUAAUAAGUGUGUCUGUUGGAUAUAACAGUGGACCCAGAUUGCUUGAACACAACCGAAUUCAAUUAGGAACACAGGUAUCAUGGAGGAAAAAAAGAUUAAUGGUGUUAAAAAUGGUGUUGUGAUACAAGAGGAAGAAGUAACUUUAAAGAAACGAGUUGGCCUAGUCAGUGGUGUUGCACUGAUUGUUGGAACUAUGAUAGGAUCGGGAAUAUUUAUUUCCCCCAAAGGAGUUCUACAAGGAACCGGAUCUGUUGGUCUCAGUAUGAUUGUAUGGGCCGGAUGUGGUCUCAUUUCCAUAUGUGGAGCACUAUCGUAUGCAGAGUUAGGAACCUUGAUAACCAAAUCUGGAGCUGAAUAUUCCUAUAUAUUAGAAGCUUCGAAAUGUCUUCCCAGGUGGUUGGCACCUAUUCCAGCAUAUUUAUUUGCCUGGGUUUCUGUCCUUGUAUUAAAACCGUCAUUAUUUGCGGUCAUAGCUUUAAGUUUUGGUAUAUACACCGUGGAGCCGUUCUUUAAAGGAUGUGACCCACCAGAGGGUCUGGUUAAACUGGUGUCUGCUUUAUGUUUAUUGCUUGUGGCAUUUAUCAACUGCUACAGUGUUAACCUGGCCACAAAGGUCCAAAAUUUCUUUACAUUUGCUAAGCUUUUAGCUAUUGUGGUCAUCACUAUUGGCGGAUUUGUAAAAUAUGCUGAAGGAAAUACUGAAUAUCUAGAAGAUGGUUUUGAAGGCACUGCUCAGUCAGCGUCUGGUAUUGCUUUAGCCUUUUAUGAUGGAUUGUGGGCUUAUGAUGGAUGGAAUAAUCUGAAUUAUGUGACAGAAGAGUUGAAAAAUCCCUACGUGAAUUUACCACGGUCAAUAAUUAUAGCUAUUCCCUUGGUAACAGUUUGUUAUCUACUUACCAAUAUAUCGUACUUUAGUAUCAUGAGCAAAGCUGAAUUAUUGGCUUCAGAUGCCGUCGCUGCUACAUGGGGAUCCCGAGUGCUAGGUGUAGCAGCUAUUAUUAUUCCUAUAUCAGUAGCCUGUUCUACAUUUGGUGCCGCUAAUGGUUCCUGUUUUACUGGUGGCAGAUUAGUGUAUGCUGCUGCACGUGAAGGUCAUCUACCAGAAAUUCUGUCCUAUGUUCAUGUCACACAGUAUACACCAUUACCAUCUUUAUUAUUUACUUCCUUUAUAGCUCUGCUUAUGAUUAUACCCGGCGAUAUCUUCACCCUCAUAGACUUCUUCAGUUUUACUGCCUGGUUAUUUUAUGGUGCCACUAUGCUUGCAGUUAUAGUUCUUAGGUUUACGAAGAAAAAUGAACCGAGACCAUACAAGGUUCCUAUAUUCAUCCCAGUGUUUGUAUUACUGUGUUCUAUAUACCUGAUAAUUGGGCCUAUUGUAGACAACCCAAAGAUAGAAUUUCUAUAUGCGUUUUUGUUUGUUAUUAGUGGAAUGAUAUUCUAUGUUCCAUUUGUUCAUUUUAAACUCCAGUUACCAGGAAUGGAUAAAUUUACAACAUUUCUACAGUUGAUUUUACAGGUAGCACCGAGCAAAUAUGCUCCACCAGAAUGAUAGUUUAGAUAUAUAUAGUUGUAUAUUAUUCAUCAUAAUAAUAAAAAUAUUAUCCAUUGUUAGAUAAAUCCAUCAUAAAUAAUAAACUUGUAUGUAUCAAUCAUAAUCAUUAGUUUCAUGCUGCAAACAUUUCAUUUCAUUUAUCAUUUUAAAACCCAAUCUAAAAUGUCUGCUAAAAUCUAUACAUAAAAUAUAUGAAGGGUGUAUCAGAAAUGUAAGCAUUUGUUUACAUAUCAUUAUAGUUAAGAUGUUAUGUUUCUGAAUUAUAGAUUAAGCACAUGUGUCAUUUUCUCCACAACGUUUAAAAGUUUCAAACCAAAGUUAUGGCAUGUUCAUUACCCGUUUCAUUUAGAUUUGUUAAAAUGAUCCAUUUCAAUAAGUAAAUGGAUCAAAUUCUAGUAGUUGAUGAGGUCGACUUUAGUAAUGUAUAACUGUUAGAACCCAGAUGCGUAACUAUACACGUUUUAUGGCCUAUAAUGAUUUAGCAGGAAAAUUGUACCCCAACUUUAGGAAAAAGCAGGGGACUUUAAAAACACAUUCGUCUGUCUGUACGACUUGCUUUUUGGGAUACAUUAACUCUGUUUCUAAUUGAGCUAAAAUGUUCAAACUCGGUGUAGGUGUAUUCUAGGUGACCUUGAUAGAGUUGAAUCACCCUGCACGUUUCAAGUCAGUAGCUUGAAGCGUAUAUAUGGUAUUAGUGUCAGUGGCUUGUGGCACGAAGUAACAGUAUAUUGUCGCAUACAUAAUAUAUUAUGUCAACGCUUGGGCGACAUAAUAUAUUGUGUUGACGCUCCAAGCGUGUUAGCAUAUUAGACCUGUAGACUCAGUGGAAUGUACGCGUCAUCAGAGCGGAUCCAGGGGUUGGACCAUGGGGACCGGUCCACCCCCUUAACAAUAGAAAGUGUCCCUGUAAAUAAAAGAGGGCAUCCUUAUCAGAAAAAGGGCACCUGUGAUGUCAGAAUUUAAAAAAAGGGCACUUUUCUUUCGGAUUAGGGUUAGGGUUAGGGUUAGGACACAGAAAAGAGAGAAAAAACAGAAAAGAAAAAAACAAUCGAAACUUACCGAUUCCAUGAUGGAAAAUACCGCCAAAAUAUGUCUCCAAAGCAUUCAUUGGUUAUCAAAGCGCCAAUUAAAUCUAUCGUUGCAAGUUCAUGCCUAGUCACCUCCAUCCUAGUUCCAAGCGUUGACAUAAUAUAUUAUAUCGCCCAAGCGUUGACAUAAUAUAUUAUGUAUGCGACAAUAUACUGUUACUUCGUUCCACAGGCCACUGACACUAAUACCAUAUAUACGCUUCAAGCUACUGACUUGAAACGUAUCGCCUGCUUGAAUGAUGAAUAUUUUCUGCUGAAGCUAAGCUGAAAUAAGCAAUCGGAUUGGUCGAUGCUUUGGGACACGGAGCAUGAUAUCUUUGAUUCUAAUUAUGUGCUGAAACGUGGCGUUUCAAUUCACUGCAUCUAAACAUUGACUAAAUUCAAUCAUAAGCAUUUUCUGCUUAUAGUCUAAGAUAUGUGUCACAUAUUUAUGUUACAAUUAAGGAGGGGACAAUCUGUUUCACUGUAGGCUUGUAUAUUCUUGAAUGGUAUCCUAUAGUGAUUUAAAAUAAGUUUUGAAUAUGUUCAUUGUAUAGAUAAAUAUAAUUAUUUGUUUUCUUCUCGUGUGUUUAUUAUAAGAACGAUAUUUCUGUAUGGAUUGUAAUGUUUCAAUGAAAAGUAUAAUCUUACAUGUAAAUCUGGCAUUUCAAAAGUAUUUUUGUAUUUUGCAUUGAGAUAAUAGUAAAUUUGAUCUCUAUUAAAAAAUUUAAAUCUAUAAAACAUUCUGUAAAUGUCAAUUUAAUUGUUUUAAUUUGAAAAUACCAUUUGCUCAAUUCAACAUUGUGUGUUACCCAUAAAUAUUUUUUCUAUUGAUUGAGAUUUGUAAUAUCAAUAAACCUAAUAAAUAAUUAUAAGUGAAUGUCCUCAUUCCUAAUUAAAUAUAAUUUAUGAGAUUUUUAUUAUUUUAAAUAUAAUUUUGUUUAUUUCCUGUUAUUCUGCAUUAUAUAAAUAUUAAAAAGUAUUUACGAUUGUGUCAUAUGCACACGAUUUGGACCGAUUUCUACUGAUUGCAUUUGAAAUGCCUUGACUAGACAAUGACUAUGCACAAUUAAAUAUGUAUUUUAAAAAGAUGAUCAUUUCCACACUAGGAAAAUAUCAUUCCAGUAGUGCUUUUGGUAGGUUUAAUGUAUAAAUAUAUAUAAGUAUACAUUGGUGAAGUGUUUACAAAAGUACAAAAAAUACGAUAUUCAGUAUAUUGAGAAUACGUAUUACAUGUAGGCCUAAAUCACUAUAAGGUAUUCCAUCUAUUUGGACCCCAAAACAGUUCUUAUAUGACGGAGCUUUGUCGGCGAAAUAUUAUAAUAAUAUAUAUUUUGUGUGAAUCCAUGUUCAAAGAGUAAUAUAUUUUGCAAAUUCUGUCAAAAAAAUGUUACCAAAGUAGGUUGUGAUUACAUUAUUAUUGUUAUAGGCCUAUUUGGUUUUUAAAAUAUGUGACUAUGUUUAUAUUAAUCUUUAUUGCAUGUUUUGUUUGAUUGCUUUAAUUCUGAAUCUUGUAUAGUAUUGUUCCAUAUAGAGAACGUAUAUCUUACUAAAAUAAAUAUUUAACAAUAAUUCAA